AUGGACAUCUCUACAGACACCACGGCCGUGUCCGAAAACGAGCUUCUAAAGUCACCGCUCCAUCAACUUGAACUACAAACGGCAAAGGCCAGAGCCAAUAGCCCUCACAGCCCAACCCCAGCAUCACCACUAAAAUCAAGAACUCCACCCCUACUGCCGCUGCCGGCCCAGUACUACCCCGACCGCGAUCACGACCAUGAUCGCGAUAGCAUCUACUCGUUCGACUCGGUGUCGACCAAUGGCCGGUUGUUGGACCGCUUGGGACUCGAAUCGGAUGACUUGUUGGACACCGAUGAGGUGACAACACUACGGCUCGAGCGCCUCAGCAUCAGCGACGUGGCGGGACGCCCAUCCUCCCGCCACAAUAGCGUCCAGCUCCAAAACCCCUUUCGCCUGCCGCUGAUCCCGCAUCCCAAUACCAAUCUCACCCGGCUCCCGCUGUAUAGGGCCAAUCAUCUUUUUAAUAUCCACCCUAAUUUGACUCGACUGGGAUCGACGUCAAGAGACAAGGUUUUUGCCGUCGACCCCGCGCACCUGCCCGACCGUGUGCUUGAAGGGGCCGAGUUGUCGCCGUUUUCGGUGAAAAACGGCCCUGGAAACAUCGUUUAUGCCAGCCGCAAUAGGUCUGUUCACUCUCUCAAAGCCCUGUUCCAGCCCGAGACCACGUCGGUGAUUGGGGCCACCGGUGCCAUAUCCAAGAAGAAGCUGAGCGUCGACUAUAACGAAUACGACGAAUUUGACUUUAACUCUUCGUCUGAUUCCAUCAACGCUUCACACUCUCGUAUACCUCACCCUGGUGCUGGUGCCAUGGCGAGAACCAGAUCGGUGUCAGCGAGUGUAAAUUCAGGAUCUCUCAGCCGUGAAGGUAGCACUCGUCGAAGCAUAUCGGACUAUACGAACACCACGUCGUCCCCCAACGGGAAACUAGCCGAGCUUUCGCCAGAGGACCGUACGAAGCUCUCGAUGGAGCUUCGUGGCCAGGGCAAGCAAAGAGAAGCAUCGUACCAGCUCCAGAUUGCUGCUAACCCUCCUUUCAACUACCCGAAGGCGAUGUUGUUGUACGCAUUGGCACUUAAGUUUGGGAAUGGGGUCAAACAAAACACCCCAUCCUCACUCAAAUGGCUUUGUCGGUGCAUUCUAUUGUGCACAAACGACACGCCGGAGUUUGCUUCUCGGGUGGGCAUCCUUUCACAGGAAGAAUUGGUCAAAUGGGGGGUGAGCCACAUCAGAAGUGAUACCACCGAGGUGGACCCCAUCAAACUCUAUGAUUACUACUCGAAAUUGCCGGCCAACCAAAUCACCAAGAUCGUCAACACCAUAAAGUCCCAGUCAGAUCCUCUUGCAUCUGCAUACCAAGAGUUGGGGAUGUUUUUCCUCAAUGGCUGGGGAGUCGAAAAAGACGAAUUACUUGGAAUCCAGUGUUUGAGCAUCAGUUCAUCCAUGGGCAACUUCAACUCAAUGGUACAGUUGGGGGAGAUCUGGGGUCUUAAGACCAGGUUUCAUAAGAAGGACAACUUCAAGGCUUCGGCUUGGUUGAGACUUGGAGAGAUAUUUGGUGCAAAGACUAUUGGAAAUAGUUGGAUCUAUAAAGACAAAUAUCUCAAAGGGGAGUAG